UAGCACUUUUUUAAACUUUUUAUCGAUAUUUUAGAAUAUAUUAUUGAUAUCGAAAUUCCGUAAAUAUUGAUAGAUAUUGAGCCAAAAUGGAGCUGUCAUCUGUUGGUGAAAGAGUGUUUGAUGCCGAAUAUAUUCAGAAAAAGCGUAUUCGCAGAGGCAAAGUUGAAUACUUGGUUAAAUGGAAAGGUUGGAGUAGUCGGUAUAAUACUUGGGAGCCAGAAGAAAACAUCUUAGAUGUAAGGUUGUUUGAAGCCUUUGAAACAAGUCAAAGUAAAGAACAUACUCCUGCCAAAAGAGGACCAAAAGGAAAAAGAAAGCAUUCAAUACAAGAAACAUCACAUAACUCUGUGCCCACACAGAUUGAUAAUCAAGUUUUACCUGAAGAGAGUUCUACCAAUUCUCUUGACGAAUCAAUAACUGAUUUACCUAGUAGUAAAAGCAUAAGUAGAGAAAAAGUUGCUGAUAAUCAUCUUGCUCAAGCUGAAACUUCAUCAGAAGAUUCUCAACCACUAGCUAAAGUGCCAAAGCUUGCUAACUCACAAUCUACUGAUGGCUCUUGGGAUGUUAGCCCAUCCACGCCUAGCAGUACAGAGUGGCAUGUUCCCAAUUCCAAUUCAUCAUCAGCUUCAGAAGGAUCUGGGGAAAAUAAAACAACGGGGACAAAUCCAGAAAUCACUCAGGAAAUUGCUCAAGGUAAUUCUGAAUCCUCUAAUGAAAGUAAUUCAGAAUCUAAGCUUACAAGUGAAGAUAAAUUGCCUUUGAAAGAAUCAGUUGAAUCUAAGAUACCUGUUGAAAAUUCAGUUGUUACUGUGACUGAAGGUAAAAAUGUGGAAGUGAGCUCUGAUGAUACAACUGCCAAUGGCAAUUGCAUUCUACAAAACGAUGUCGAAGUAUCAACAGCGGAUUCAAAUUCAACUGCUGUUCCCAAAGUAGCAGCUGCGGAUUCGGCAACUUCACCUGAUAGUGGUGGCAUCGGAGAUACUGGAAGUUCUGAUGGUCCAGUAUCGGAUGAAUUUUGGCAAAAACAAAAUCCUGUCGUAGAUAACAUUUUAAUUACUGAUGUCACUACAGAUUAUACCGUAACUUUUCGAGAAUGUGACACUGAAAGUGGAUUUUUUAAAGAUAGGCCUGAAUCAGAAUGUAAAAAUGGUACUUCUAAUGAAAGUAAUGGCCAAACAGCAUAAUAUUUUAGUUAGUUUAUAUUAAUCUCAAUUGCAAGUAUACCUCAGUUUAAAGCAAAUGUUUGAUGAUAAACAUUAUUUAAUCUUUAUAUACUCUUAGAUUUGUGUGCAUGAGUUUUUAAUCAAUGUUAUACAAACUUAUUAAUAUAUGUUUCAUUUAUUUAGUUGAUUCUUUAUUGUUAUUGCUAAUAUCAUUCAUUGCGUUUUUAACAUUUUUAAACGGCCAUAACGGUUUUAUUUUAUUUGUUAAAAUAUCCACAGUCUGUGGUUAAACAGUAUAAAGCUCAAUGAAUUUUAUUAACCUCAAUUAGGAGUUUACACCAUUAAAAAGAAAAUCUCGAACUAUAAGUAUACAUUUAGAUUUAGUAUGCGUAAGUUUUUAAUAAAUGUUGUACAAUUUUAUAAGAAUAUAGUGCAUUUAUUUAGUUAUUUUUUACUGUUAUUUUAGUUCAUAUUAUUUAAUGCUUUAAAUUUAAACAAUUUUAACUACUACUUCAGUAAUUAUGUUCAAUUGUUGUAAUAACGUUAUUUAACCUUUAUAUACAUAUAGAUUUAUAUUCAGAAUUUUCAGUAAUUGAUUUCAAAUUUAUUAAUCACUUAAAUAUUUAUAUAUAUAUUUUAUUUUUGUAGUUAGGAUGAAUCAAUUCAUCAAAAUUAAAAAAAAUUUGUUACCUCAACAGUAUUUGUUUUAUUGAUUAUUAUUUGGCCACAUAGUAUAAUAUUUUAUUUAUCACAAUUAUUAGUUUAUCUCUGUUUCAAAAAUAGAAACUUUUAAAAAUAUUCAUUAUUUGAAUUUGAUGUAAAUAAAUGUUUUUAGGCUUGUAUGUGCCUAUUUUUAAUAAAUAUUUUACUUUUUAAAUACAUGAUGAGUGUAUUUAAUUUCUUAUUACUAUAAUCAUAGUAGAUGUAAUAAAAUAUUUUUAAAAAAUGUGAAAUUUUAAUUAAAUUAGCCAAAUUUGUUAAUUUUUUUUUUUUAAAUAUUUCUUGUAAUUGUUAUUAUUUGCCUUGUCAUAGAAUCAUUACUGUGCUCUCAUAUAUUUGUUUACAAAUGAUCUGUCAUCAUAGUUAUGCAUUGAUACUAAAUAUUCUGUAAAUAAAUUAUAUUCAUGAUAA